ACGCUACUGUUGGACUGUUGGUGCUCCCCAGCGCGCCGUCGAAGGCCACCACACGGAGGUCGACGAGGAGCAAGAGGAACCGAGGAAGAUGAUGAGGAGGACGAGGACGAGUCAUCGAAGAAGCAGCUGAGCCCGGUCUCCGUGCUGGAGCAGCGCCUGUUCGAGCACUCGCCGCCGCCGCACGCGCAGACGAGCUCCUCUCCUCUGCAGCCUGCAGGUCGUCUCCUCUGCGGCUCUGCCUCCUCUCCAAUCCAGCAAGUAUGUCCUCCGCUGCCUCCAAUCCAUCGCCAAAAGCAGUGAACAAGCUACAACUUAAGAGAAAUCCGGAUGAUAUAGGGUGGCAGUAUGGAGUUCUUGUUAAUCAAGAUGAUCUGAAUGUGAUCCAAUGCAAGUUAUGUCCGAUGGUUGUGAGGGCUGGAAUUUAUAGGUUGAAGUUACAUAUUGCUGGCAUAAAAGGGCAAGUCCGGUCAUGUCCCAAUGCGAAUCCAGAGGACAGGGAGAACUGCAAGAAAGCUAUUGAAGAUUCCAAGAAUGUUAAAAGGUCUAGGAUAUUGGAACAACAAGAGGUUAGAGAUGCUGUGACCGAUGAUAUGAUGGACAUAGAAGAUGGCAGCACGGGCCUUGACGACAUUGGCACCUCUCAACCACGAGCAGUUGGUCCUAUGGACAAGUUCACCAUGCCUAUGGACUCUAGUUCUUUGGGUUCCUCAAGAAACCUCCACAAGCAAAAGAUUUCUGAACAUAUAAAGAAAGAAAGGUUGCACAAGUUGAAGAGAUAUAUUGCAAGGUGGAUGUAUGUGCAAGGAAUUCCUUUCAAUGCGAUAAAUUGUGAUGAGUUUGACCAAGUGUUGGAAGCUGCUGGCCGCUUUGGGCCAGGUGCAAAGAAGCCUUACCAACAUGAGCUGCGGGAGAAACUACUGCAUGAGGAAGUUGAGGAUACAAAGAAGAUGGUUAUUGAUCAUGCACAAGAAUGGGCCAGUACAAGGUGCUCUAUUAUGACUGAUGCAUGGACAGAUCAAAAGAGGAGAAGCAUAAUGAACAUGUGUGUUAAUUCUUGUGUUGGAACAUCUUUUAUUGAGUCAAAGGAAGUCUCAGCUGAGGCACACACAGGACAAAUGAUUUUUGAGCUUGUUGAUGGAUUUAUUGAGAAAGUUGGGGAGGAAAGGAUUGUCCAAGUGGUCACAGACAAUGCAUCAAAUAACAUGGCAGCAAAGGAUCUGCUUUAUGUCAAGAGACCUCAUUUGUUUUGGAGUUCAUGUGCAACCCAUAGUAUUAACCUGAUGCUUGAAGCAAUUGGGAGGAUGAAAAAGUUCAAGACCAUACUUGAUUCGGCAAAAGAUCUAACCAUCUUUAUUUAUGCUCACCACAAGGCUUUGUCCCUGAUGAGGAAAUACACAAAGAAGAGAGACAUUAUUAGGCCAGGUGUGACCAGAUUUGCAUCUGCCUCUCUCACUUUGCAAAGCUUGUAUGACAAGAAAGAACAACUAAGGAUGAUGUCCCAAAGCGAGGAAUGGGAGAAAAUUAGUCAUGUCAAGAAAAGCACUAAAGGUGUACAAGCCACAGCCACAUUGGUGAAGCCUAUGUUCUGGAAUGGUGUUAAUCUUUGCUUGAGGGUUUUUGAACCAUUAGUUCAAGUUCUUCGCAUGGUUGAUGGGGAUAUUAAACCAUCAAUGGCUUGGGUGUAUGGUGAUAUUCUUAAGGCCAAGGAGGAAAUAAGGAUCGGCCUAGGGAAUGUAGACAAGACUGGGGCUGCUUUGUACAAGAGUAUCAUACAAAUUGCGGAGGAGAAAAUGAAGAAACGGUUGGACUGUCCGGUUCAUAUGGCUGCAUAUUGUUUAAAUCGUUAUUAUAGCUAUAGCAAGCCAUCCAUCUUUGACUGUGAGGAUGUCAUGGAUGGGUUUAUUGCAGCUAUUGAAACAUUCUAUCAUGGUGACUACAACAAACAGAGUCAAGUGCUCAAUGAUGACUUUCACAAGUUUAAAGGAAAGCUGGACAUUUUGCAAAAAAAAGUAGCACAAGCUGGCCGCAAGGAUUAUGAUUUCAGUCCAGAUAUUUAAGUUGAUUGCAUCAAAUUGUAUCGUUGGCUGUUCUACUAAGUCUAACCAUUUAUUCUUGUGCAGCUAAGUGGUGGGCAACUUAUGGAACACAAGUUCCAACAUUACAGAAAUUUGCUAUUAGAAUUCUCUCUUUGACAUCAAGUGCUUCAGGUUGUGAAAGAAAUUGGAGCUGCUUUGAAGGGAUCAAUACAAAGAAAAGGAAUAGGCUCACAUGUGAGAGAGUUGAAUCACUUGUCUAUGUUAGAUUCAAUCAUCUACAUGCAAAGAGGAAAAAUAAAGCCAAAAAGAAUAAAAAUGCAGACCCGCUUGUACCAACCGAAGAAACCUUUGCUCAAUGAUGGAUGGUCCAAGGUGCAGAUGAAGAAGGGUCCGAUGUUGAGCCUGUGACAGGCCUCACAUGGAAACUAAUUGCUGAGACCUGUGGUGCUGAUGAGGUCACAAAACUACGUAGGAGUGCAAGAUUGGCUACUGCAAGAGAGGUUGAAGAAGAACCCGAGUCUGAUAGUGAAGAAGAAGCGAUAAAUGAGGAAGAUAUUGACUUUGAGUCUGAUCAUGAUGAUGUGGUGGUCACAACUGCUCUUGAGCAAGAGGGGGAGGAAGACAAUGAUAGUUGAUGGGCUAAGCAUUAGACUUUGGUCGUCAUAAUCAUAUUAGCACUAUCUUUGUCGUUUAUCCACUUUAUGAACUAUUGUUGCUUUCUUUGUAAGAACCAUGCUUUGUUUGUGACUUUGUGGUGCUUGGUUUGUAAGAACUAUCUAUGUUUGUGCUUUGUGGAUGAUGUUUGAUGUGUC